AUGAAGUCGAACAUAUUCAUACUAUUCCCUGCCUUCACAAGCACAUCGUUUGCGCGAACGUUGUAUGAAUCCUACACAUUCGAUCCAUUAGAGCACCUUGCAGGAAUUGCCCCGUACUUUGAACCUCAAGAUCCUCCCAGGAAUCCUAGCCCACCACAAGGUUGCAAUGUCACCCAGGCAGCAUACCUCGUUCGUCAUGCCGCCAUCAAUGCAAACGACUUCGACUAUGAAGAGUACUUGGAGCCAUUCAUUCAAAAGCACCAGAAUCACAGCAACGUGAACUGGGUCAUCGUGCCAGAAUUGGCCUUCCUGAGAGACUGGAUGCCACCACAGCUCACCGAACAAGAACUAGUAACAAGAACAGGCAGGCUACAAUCUGCUCAGCUCGGCGUCACAAUCUCGUACAAGUACCCUAACCUCCGCCUUCCACAAAGAGUAUGGACAUCCACAGCAGAAAGAACAGUCAAGAGCGCAGAAGGCCUCAUCCGCGGUCUCGAACUAGACGACAACCAAAUAGACAUGGUCCAAGUCUACGAAGGCAAACAAGCAGGCGCAAACACUCUCACACCAUACAGCAGCUGUCCAGCGUACAGCUCCUCCGCCGGCUCCAAACAAUCCUCCCAAUACCAAUCCCUAUACAGCGCUCCUAUCAUCAGCCGCCUCAACGCCCUCGCCCCAGACUUCAAUUUCACCGCCGACGACAUCUUCGCCAUGCAAGAACUGUGCGGCUACGAAACCGUCAUCCGCGGCUCCUCCCCUUUCUGCUCCCUCGACCUAUUCUCCCCCGACGAAUGGCUAUCCUUCGAGUACGCCAACGACAUCAUGUACCACUACAACACCGGCUACGGAAACCCCAUCUCGGGUGUUAUCGGCUUCCCCUGGCUGAACGCAACUCUGAACCUUCUCACAAGCACGACCCCAGCCAACUCCCAGGAUCUCUACAUCUCCUUCACCCACCGCGAACUUCCGCCCACCGUCCUCGUCGCAAUGGGCCUCUUCAACAACACACAGUUCUCCCCCGGCAGCGACAUCAACGCCACCAUGCCCUUAGAUCAGAUAAACUAUAACCGCGCCUGGGUUUCAAGCUACGUCCUCCCGUUCCUGAGCAAUAUCGCGAUCGAGAAGAUGGACUGCUCGCAGAACUACUAUGUGAAAUCCCAGCUCGCGAACAAUGGCAGUAGUAGUGCUACGGACGGGUCAACGUUCUAUCGUGUCAUGGUCAACGAUGCGCCGCAGACUUUACCGGAUUGUCACGGUGGACCGGCUGAGUCUUGUUCUGCAAGUGGAUUGCAGAGUUAUCUUGCUGGACGGGCGGCGAUAUUUGAGGGGUUUAAGGUGGUCUAG